AUGUCGACCGUGACAGCGACGGCGCUGCAGUCGGCGUACCCGCCCAUCAUUCCGCUCCAGUUCAAUGCCAACCAGCCCACUACGAUCCGGCUGUAUCCGUUAUCCAACUACACAUUCGGAGUGAAGGAGACGCAGCCCGAGGAGGACCCAUCAGUGAUAGCCCGGCUUAAGCGGCUGGAGGAGCAUUACAAUGUCCACGGCAUGCGACGCACCUGCGAGGGCAUCCUCGUCUGUCACGAACACAACCACCCUCACAUCCUGAUGCUGCAGAUCGCCAACGCCUUCUUCAAGCUACCUGGCGACUACCUCAAGCCUGAGGAUGACGAGGUCGAUGGCUUCAAGGCCCGUCUCGACGAGCGCCUGGCCCCCGUCGGUCGCCUGGGCGAGGACGAGGAGGCGGCCGACUGGACCAUUGGCGACUGUUUGGCGCAGUGGUGGCGACCCAACUUCGAGACCUUCAUGUACCCCUUUAUCCCGGCGCAUGUAACCCGGCCCAAAGAGUGCAAGAAGCUCUAUUUCAUCCAGCUGCCUGAGUCGAAGGUCCUCAGUGUCCCCAAAAACAUGAAGCUACUAGCCGUCCCUCUCUUCGAGCUCUACGAUAACACCGCGCGCUACGGUCCUCAACUCUCGGCGAUUCCCCACCUCCUGAGCCGAUACAACUUCGAAUUUGUUGACGAGGACGGCAAGAUUGUGGCGGCCACACCUGGAUCGGCACCAGACGACUACGUGCCGCAAACCAAGGUUCUGGCCGGAGGGGACGAAGACAUGAAAGAUCUGAAAGAGGAGAAUGGAACGAACUAA